AGGAAAUGGAAGGGGGGAAGCACGAGAUGUUAAUGCUUUCGGUGCUCGCCCCCGAGCCCAGGCAGGCCUGGCUGAGAGAUGCUAACGCAGGCAAGGCAUCGGGGCGCGGGUGCACAUGUGCGGGAGAGGGACAGGAGGAGGCUUGGACGUGGGGACCCGCACGGGCGCCCGAGCUGCAGGCUCCGCUGUGAUCGCAGCGGCCGUUCUGCUCUUGUCUCUGCUGCAGCCGUGCCCAGAAGCCAGGGCAGAGACGAAGCCCCCUAGGCAAGGCGCUGGACAUACGCAUGGGAACGGCCUGUCUGCCUCCGGGCUGGCUGGGAUGGACAAUGGGCCCAUCUGGACACCGAGACAGACUGGCCUGGGAGUGUGGGUGGCAGAGGUGGCUCAGCACAGGGGCCGCGGGGGCUGGCUGCUCACCGUCUUGGCCUGGGGCUCUUGCAGUGGCCAGGCCGGGCAUCCAGUCUCAGCCCCCCUGCCCCCCCCCCGGCAGUGCAGCAGGGGAAGUGCCCACAACCCAGCCCUUGAUUGCAGCAGGGUUCAGGUGGUCCUUCCAGGUGUAAACCCCUGUUGUGAGGGGUGGGGAGAGCGUAGGCAGCGUGCUCAGGUGCUGGCAUCCUUGUCGGUUCAGGCUCAGACGGCCAGUGGCUGCUGCGUGCCUGGCUGGGGUGCGCCCAACCGCCCGUACCCAUUCCCAGCUGGGAAACAAAGUGCCCUGGUGAUGGUGCAGCCUGGCUGCAGGCCUCCCGGGUGCUCUGCCCAGACCCAGCCCAUGGCGGGGGGCUGUACCCAGCAGAAGACACCAGUGACAACUGCACCCACCCUCCUCCCCUCCCCUCCCGGUGCUCCUUUCCCCUCGUGCUGGAGGACCCAGCCCUUGCUGAAGGAGGGAAUUUCCAGUCCCCGCUUGCUGCAGCCCUGAGAUAUGAGUCUCACUCCGGUUUUGGUUUUCUACAUUUAAACAGCGAGGUGGAUGCUUCCUGCACUGACUCCCCCCGCACGCUGCGGCCCUGCCCCGCGGCACAGACUGGAGCGGGGCACCGGGGUCUUCUGCAGUUGUCCGAAGGGGUCUGCAAGCCCCAGGCAGGAUCCCUGAGUGUCUCGCACCCUUUGCGGCUUGCAGAUCUGUAAUGUCCAUUUGCAGCCGGCCGGUGCGUGGUGCUGCAGCAUCCUCUGCUGGCUGCUCAGAGAGCACCAGGCCAGGAAUCACCGGUCCUCACCCCAGCAGGCACCCUGCUUCGCCUGGCAUCCCUGCUGUCUUGCCCCCAAGCUGCCAAUCCCCUUUGCUUGGCAUCCCAGCCUUCACGGGGCAUGGUCUGCCUGUCUAACAUCUGGGGUAGGCACCUUCGGAGGCUUCUAGCAGGGACAAGAGCCCGUGUCCCCUGCUAGGCUUGGUGUCCUUGACCUCACCCAGGCAGGAGAGAUGGUUGGGGUAGAAUUUGCACUCAGGACCUGGAAGUAGGGGAGAGGUUUCUUGCUGGACAGUGCAUCUGACCACGCAGCAGCCACCUCCUCCCCUGGCGUGAUGCCUGAGCCUUGGUGCUCUGCCCAGAGCGGCUUCGCACGCGACAGGCCCCCGGCAGGGCCGAGCAGGGCGGAAAGGGCCAGGCCCCCAUGCCGGAGCGUGCCGUGCUGCACUUCAAAUCGGAGAGGGAAGCUCACAGAGGAAACAGCCUUCAAUUGCAUUGGCCUGAAGGCAAGAAGUAUCCAUGCAACCUGCUUCCUCUUGCUUCAGGAAGUGGCCGCAGAUAGCUUUGUGCUCCUCGGCAGCCCUGCGUAGCCCGGGGCCCGGCGGCAGCACAGCGGGGUCCCCUCCCAGACCACGGCCAUGGGCACGUCGGCUCCCGGACCCGGCUGGUGUGUGCUGGUGCUGGUGCUUCUCCUGGACACCUGCGGUGCCGGGGGCCAGGACUUCCAGGUGCUGCAGCCCAAGGAGCCCGUGUCGGUGUCGGCGGGGGACACGCUCGAGUUGAACUGCACCGUGCCUCAGCGCGGACCAGCAGGGCCAGUGAAGUGGUUCAAGGGCUCGGGUGGCGACCGCCAGCUCGUCCAUGCAGAGACAGGGUCAUUCCCCCGGGUCACAAAGGCUGUGCCCAACUCUCUCACAGACUACUCCAUCCACAUCAGUGACGUCCGCCCCGAGGACGCCGGCACCUAUUACUGCGUGAAGUUCACGAAAGGAUUGCCUGAUAAGGAGUACCGAUCCGGAGCAGGCAUGAUGGUGUCCGUGAGCGCCAGCCCGUCUGCCCCAUCCGUGUCCGGCCCCGCCAGCAGGGUCGAGCCGGGCAGCCCCGUGAACUUCACUUGCACGUCCAAAGGGCUCUCCCCCGGAGACAUCACCGUGACCUGGCUCAAGGACGGGGCCAAGCUCCCAGCCCAACCGCUCCAGAUCCUCCUCGAGAAUGAGAGAGACUCCUACUGCGUGUCCAGCACCCUGGCGAGGACGCUGACGGUCGGGGACAUCCGCUCCCAGCUCACCUGCCAGAUCGACGAGCACAGCCCCAGGCCGGCUCCGCUGCGGGAGGCGUACAGCCUCAGCCAGGCCCUGCGAGUCUCCCCCAGGCCCAGGCUGACCACCAACUACUCUGGUGCCGUCCCCGUGAACGAGAUGGUGGCGUUCACCUGCAGCCUGGUGGGGUUUUACCCCAAUGUGGCGAGGCUCACCUGGAUGGAGAAUGGGAAUGAGACCGGGCCAGAGAAGUCCCCAUCCCCGACGGAGAACCCGAACGGGACCUUCUCGCUGACGAGGACCCUGGAGGUGAGGGCAACCGAGCAGAGGAACCAGUCCUCGUUCACCUGCCGGGCCGUGCACGACUCCCAGCCCCCCGCCAGCGUCACCCGCGUCCUGGCAGUCACCGCGACGAGCAACAAGAUGGAGGAGGACAAGAAGGAAGGAGUUGGGGCAGGUCCACCGGCCACACCACAAGUUACAGCUGCUGCCAACCAGCUACACCGCACACCAGAGCGGGCAGCACACAGGAUGUUCCUGGGCUACAGGGGGGCGGCGUAG